AUGACCCGUGAGAAGCCCAUCGUCAUAUCAGACUCCGACUCGGAUACGCUUAGCGAGUCCGAGCGACCGAAGGUGCAAGAGACGUCGCGAUCGAAACCGCCUGCUCCGCAACUUGCAAGUCAGCCACCCAAAGCCGAAGAACCUACCGCCUCAACGUCGCAUGAGGCGCUGUCGCAAAACGGACCUUCCACCAGCGCCGCGACUUCGGCGACUGGUCUGCUGAGCCUACUUCCAGAUCGUCGUCAGCUCGAGCUAGAGCGUAAGGAACGCGCACGCAAGAGGAAGCAGCAGCAGAAUUUACCGAGCACUUCCAGCGAUGAGGAAGAGGUCGAGACAAGCGCCAAGCGCUUAAAGCCAGAUGGAACACGAGCAGACAGUCGAGCGAGACCAGCGCUCUUGUCAGAGAAAGGCAGAGCAAGGAAUGAAGCGCAACCCACUCCGCAGCCGACGGGCAUCCGAACUACUCCUGCCAUCCCAAGUAGCUCUGGCUCGAAAUUUUCUCGCGCCACAGACCCAAUCGAGCCUCACAAUCGCUUUUGGACAGGGACCAUCAAGCAUGGAUUCAACGCAUACGCCGACACAGCCGCCUCGGGCGUCACAAUCUCGCAGAUGUUGCUUCCGGCAACCGCAUCCAGCCGCAACGGCUUACAGCUGGCUGUACUCGCGACCUACGAUCUUCGCAUGGACUGGCUCUACUCUCUCUUCCCGAAGGGCCUUCCCGUCACUCUGAUCCUACCACCGCCGAAGGAGGACUACCGCACCGAUCCCUCGGUAGCGCGGCCAGGUUUGCAUCGCAGCGAGAUCUUUGGCGAUUUUGCUCGGUGUCCAGGAUGGCAGAUCUGCGUCCCAAGCAAGCCGAAGGGAGGAUGGCUCACGCAGCACAUGAAGUUCCUGAUCCUGGUCCACCCAGACUUUCUCCGUGUUGCGGUUCUGUCGGGCAACCUGAACGGAAUCGACUGGGAAAGGAUCGAGAACACCGCAUACAUCCAGGACUUUCCGCCCAUCACAGACACCGCAAAGGCAGCCACACCUGCUCAGGGCUCGAGCCUGGGCCGUACCAACGACUUCAAAGCACAAUUUGUGCGUAUCUUGCGCUCGCUCGGUAUGCCAAGCUCGCAUCCGGUCUAUGCUGCUCUUGACCGUCACGACUUCUCGCAGGCGACACGCGCUCGAAUCGUCGCCAGCUGGCCUGAAGCAUCGAACCUCGCCGAAUGGGACCGCAUGGAGACACAGGGGCUCGGCAGGCUCGGCAAGGUCGUUCGAGACCUCGGCAUGCAGGUCAAGCGGCCAGGAACAUUGCAGCUAGAAUGCCAGGGCUCGUCACUGGCAAACCACGACAUCAAGUGGAUUGAGCACUUUCAUCUGCUCGCGUCUGGUGUAAAUCCACGCAGCCUGCUUCCCUUCAAGGGCAAGACAAACGACCCGCACCCAGAAUACUUCAAAGCAGCCGGCAGCAAGUCGGGAUCACUGCCACCUAUCAAAAUCUGCUUUCCAAGUCAGAGGUACGUCGAGGAAACAACGGUCGAAGGGCCCCUCGGAGCAAUGAGCUUUUUCGGCAAGGCAGAAACGUUUGCAGCAUCACCUAUCAAGAAGCUGUACUUUAGCCCGCAGAGCCGCAGAGGCGACGUCAUGAUCCAUGCCAAGUCGAUCCUGGCGCUCACCCCGGAAGGGGCAGGUCUGGUCAACAAAGCCUUUCACGACGCUUCAGAGGCACAGCUCACCAGGGGUACGCAUGCGCUCGUUGACAUCCCCGAGAAUACGAGCUGGUCGCCAACGGACGACGAGCGGCCUAUCGGAUGGACAUACAUGGGCAGCUCCAACUUCACACGUGCUGCCCACGGCAAUAUCAGCGGGACCGCAGCGAAGCCGACCAUGAGCACGCUCAACUGGGAGCUGGGCGUAGUGUUGCCUAUCUACGCUUCGGAGGUGGAGCGCUUUGGUGUGGAAGCAGAGUCGCUCCGUGCCAUCGUCUACCAUCGACCGCUCCAGCAGUACAGCUCGUCAGACACGCCUUGGAAGCCGUUCCUUCUCGCCAUCAUCAACGCCCUCGGCACUCCUACGUUUCCCUAA